AUGAACCAAGAUAGGUUCUUUCAUUCAAUUCCGAAACCUGAACCUGGGCCACCAGGACCGCCUGGUCCACCUGGUCCGCCUGGUCCACCUGGUCCGCCUGGUCCGCCAGGACUUCCUGGGCUGCCUGGUGUGCCUGGUGUGCCGGGGAGCCACUGGGUCCAUACUGUCCGCCUGGUCCUCCGGGGCCGCCUGGUCCACCAGGCCCGCCUGGAGUUCCUGGAGAGCCUGGACUGCCCGGUGUACCGGGAGUGCCUGGGGUGCCGGAAGUGCCCGGUGUCCCCGGAACCUGAACCUGGGCCACCAGGACCGCCUGGUCCACCUGGUCCGCCUGGUCCACCUGGUCCGCCUGGUCCGCCAGGACUUCCUGGGCUGCCUGGUGUGCCUGGUGUGCCGGGGUGGCUGACAGGGCCGCUAGGUCCACCAGGGCCAUUGGGGCCUCCAGGUCCACUGGGACUUCCGGAUCCGCCCACAGUGCCGGGAACACCUGGACCGCCGGGACCACCAGGUCCUCCGGGACCACCUGGGCUACCGGGAGUUCCUGGUCUGCCUGGGGUACCUGGUGUCCCUGGCGAGCCUGGGGUGCCCGGGUAG